AUCAGCUUGAAGACCAACUUUCUACUGCCAUCCACAUUCUUAAUCAAGCUCUUCAGGUGACAGAGGACAUGGUUCUUCCUACAGCUCCUUCAUUGUUAUCCGAUCCUAAAAAGACUGAUAAAACAGAGCCAGAAAAGGCUUCAAGUGAGGUUGGACCAACAAGUGAAGAGGGUGCACAGAGCGUGGAUGUUGACAUCACAGAUGAUGACAAAGCUAAGAGUGAAGGUGAUGCAAAGAAUGGAUCUGAUGACUGUAAUGGCUCCAAUGCAGUUGAAAAAAUGGAUACAACUACUGAAGAGAUUUUUACUGUGAAGAAGGAGGACAUCAUUGCUCAGGUUUCCUUUGAUUUAGGAACUCUCUACUUCUACCAAGAAAAGUUUCAACAAGCUAUGAAAUUGUUCGAAAGUUGCAAGAAUGCACAGUGCUGUCAGUCAUCAUUUUACACUGUCAAUGAACAGAGGUUGAGUGGUUACUAUAUGGCAUGCUGUGGCCUGACAGGCAUUCCCCCUGUUCUAACAAGUGCGCCACCGCUUGCAGCAACUAAACCAUCCCUAGCUGUGAGAUUUGAACAGUCCCGACACUCUGGAUAUAAUGAUAUUAUUGUGGUACUUUUAGAGGACAACAUCACAUUUGAGCUUCCUUUGGAAUAUAGAAAAAAUUUAGUCUCAGAACUAAGAACACAUAGUCGGAGAAUGAGUGAAGAUGAAGAAAGUGCUACCAACAUUCCUUUAGACUGGCAAAUAAUGGUUUGCAAUAUAAUCAGGGAUGUUCUAGAAGGACGACCUGCAAAUCCUGGAUUUUGGCUCUCGCUGGAGAAUUGUUCUCAAGCUCAACUAGAGAUGAUUUUCUCUCUGUGUUUGCAGUCCAUACCAGUUGAAGAGGACUUCCCUUCUCAGGGUAUAAAGGAGAGCAACAGAUUCAAAGUCAUGAAGUCAUUUGUCCAGUAAGUACACAGUCAUUUUGUGUGGAGGUGCCCUAUCCUCAUGUUUACUGACUAGACUCUGGAUCGAGCAGUCUGGGCU